UCACGUGAUCAAAGUAAGUGCAAACUUUAAUUUAAAAUGGCUGAAAGUGAUAUAUAUUUUUGUAGUGAAGAUUUAGAUUUUAUGUUUUUGGACAUAGAUCAGGAUCUUUUGGAUAAUGAAAUAGAAGUAGAUCUAAAUGAAGCAUUAAACGAGGUGACUACAUCUGCUGCAUUCUCAUGUCAAAAGUGCAAAAAGUGUUACAAGACAAAGGGUGGGUUAACAAGACAUAUCCGAACAAAACAUUCUGAUGGAAAACCUGAUACUAUCGAAGCAGAAAAUUUCUUAUCAGUUGAGACAAUAAAAACAUUAGUUAAUGAAGCUAUAAAUACUUUGCUAAGUGAAAAAUACUACCCAGACAUAAUAUUAAAUAAAAUAUCUCAAUAUAUUAAUGUAAUAAACGAUCUAUUAUACCAACAGUGCAACAAAAUUUACAAAAAGUUAGUGAAGACAGGAAAUGGUGAAAAUUUUUACAUGGAAACAUAUUCUUCACUUGUAUUAGAGUCUGAUAAAUAUUUUAAUGAUCUUGAAAAACCUUGCAGUACGCUUAUAUCAACAGCGUUAACUUAUAAAAUUUUGUAUUAUUACAAAACAUCUUUUUCAGAGAAUAAAUCAAUUGAACUGAAACCUAUAUCUGCAAAGGAAUUAGAUGGUCUACAAUACUUGGCUGGCUACGUUUUGUCAAAAUUUUUAAAGAAAGCUAAAAACAGUAAACACUAUCAAUCUGAAGAAACCCAAGCAAUUAUUUCUAUUUUAAACCACUGUGUUCUUGAAAAUAAUUUGUCACAUGGACAAAGACUUAUUGAUGUUCAAAACAGAGGUGGACUGAUCUCACUGACAGAAGAGUGUCAGCAAAUAUUUAUUCUAACAGAAAUAAAAUUUCGGUCUGAAACUCUAAAUUCAAUGUUGAGAAAAGUUGACAUUGCAAAUAUGGCAUCUGAGCUAAUCACAAAUACAACUGUGCAAAGUUUUUAUAAUGCUAUUGUCGAGAACUCCUGCCAAUUUAAAAUUGAUAAAGAAGUUAAAACAAAUCUUUUAGAGAGUAUGGUAAAAUUAUACUUAAGAGUAAGAUCAUUUUCGAUGGCUAAAGAUGUUGUUCAAAGACAAAAAGCUAUGUCGAAAAAAACUAAAUCAAAAGGUGGGCUUCGAUCAAACAUUAAAAAAGGGUCUGAUAAGUCUACAAUAAAGAAAUAGUGAGCAGGGGUGGAUAUAGGAUACAGGUAAGCCAACACCUCUGGCACAGUGUCAGCUUACCUGUAAGUUGCUUUAUGUAUAUUUAUGUUCUGUUUGUACCUCUGGCACGGAGUUAGCUCAAAUGUAAGUUGUUUUAUGUAUAUUUGUGUUCUGUGUAGACCUCUGGCGCGGUGUUGAUUCACUCGUAAGUCGAUUUUUUUAUGUUUGUGUUCUGUGUAGACCUCUGGCGCGGUGUUGAUUCACUCGUAAGUCGAUUUUUUAUGUUUGUGUUCUGUGUAGACCUCUGGCGCGGUGUUGAUUCACUCGUAAGUCGAUUUUUUUUAUGUUUGUGUUCUGUGUAGACCUCUGGCACGGUGUUGGCUCACCUGUAAGUCGCUUUAUAUUUGCUAUGUUAUUGUUGUGUUAUCAUUGUUAUGUUAUUGUUGUGUCUGUUUUUUUUUGGUUUGAACCUCUGAUGCAGUGUUGCUUUACUCAUAAGUUGUUUUAUGUUUGUUUGUGUUCUGUUUUAAGCUCUGGCACCGUGUUGGCUCAUCCGUAAGUUGUUAUAUGUAUAUUUCCUGUGUUAUUGUUGUGUGUAAUCAUUGUUAUGUUAUUGUUGUGGUGUUUUGUGUU